CUCAAUGUCAAGCCUGCUUAUUUCUUUCAGGACUGGUUUUUCCGUACCUAGUACCACACUCAACUCGUUGUGUAUAAAAUCAGUUCAAAAUAUUCUCUCAAGCCAUUCCGUCAUUCGUAAAUUUUCAAAAUGGAUGCAGAAAAUCGUCGCGAAUCCUGCGGGUUAUCACGAAAACGAUUACUUUCGGAGUGUACACAAUCGGAAGAAAGUGAUAUAAUUUUUAUGGGGGAGAACACCGUUCAACCGUUGCUGCGGCAAAGUGAGGUGCAACGCCUCAUUUUAAAAAUACAGCGGAAUAAAGAAAAAGCAGCGCAGAAGGUGUAUGCUCCAGCGGAUGAUUACACACCCUCUUUUCAAUGUGAGGCGACCUCCUCCAUACAACGUGAGGUAGUUAAGGUGGUACAGGAGGUCGAAAAAGAGAAGUCGCUGAAGCUGGAGGAGAAAAUAUUGAAAGCGGGCGAAGAGACAAAAGAGUUAGAAGAGGUAGAAGAGUUAGAAGAGAUAUUGUUCUCGUCGGGGGUGCCGUCACUGCGUUCCGUGGUCACAACCAUCACUGAUGAUGAGUCACCAUGUGACCAGACGCUGGAGGAGGAUUUCCAGCACGGUGUAAGGAAAGCGCUUUUACGACAAGCUGAAAGGUUAGAAAACAAAUUAAAACAUAUCCUUGAACAGGAUGACCUUUUCAAGCAUGUCGCAAAUAACGUUUUCCAAUACAUCGGACAAGCGGCGGAAAUUAUUAAUGAAAAAAAGAAAAAAGCUCUAGCGGAUAUACAGCAUAAUAACGAGUUGUUGGAUCUAGCUUCAAAGAGCACAGCUAAAGAAUUCUUUGUCAGACGAGAAUAAUCCUCUCACCCUCGUACACCUAUAUCUACGAUCUUGUACAUAAUAUUAUUAACUCUUUGUCAGCCGGAAAUAAUUCUCAAACCUUGCCGGCGGCUAGGAACUUGUUUAACUUAUAUUCAGCCGGAAAUAAUUCUCCAACUUUCAUACAUCUGCAGAAAGAAACUGGUUUGUAGUGUGGCAAAUUUAUGCAAACUCGUUUGUAUAAUUAAUUAAAGGAAUUAAAUAGUUUUUUAUAUGUUGCUAUUUUUAUAUGUUUAGGUAUAAUUUUGAUUAUAUAAUUUGCAUAUUUUUAUUUUAUAAUAAAAAA